CGUCCGGGGGAGCCGAAGAACAACUCGACAAAGUCUCAACAAUGGAAGGCGACAACAUAAUAAUGCCGAUUUGACUUGGGGAGAUCUUCCAAGAUGCCAGGCCUUUUGUCCAGUCCUGUGUGUCUGACAGUCAUCUGGUUUUUAUCUUGGUCGCUGCGUCCCAGUCGUUCUCAGAUUCAGACUGAUGAAGUGUCAGACGUGCAGUAUGGGCGCUUGGGGUCAAAUGUGACACUGGCAUGCGGGAACUCACAAAUCAGGAUACCUGUGGUGUGGCAUCUCAACCACAGCUCAGCGUUGCCAUGGCAUAAAGUGACAUCAGAUGGAAGCUUAGUCCUGCUGCAUGCCGACCACUCAGCGCAGGGCAACUACAGCUGCUAUGACAACCAGGGGCUCCUCCUCCACCCUGUCAAACUCAGGCUGGGCCACCCCCCUGGGCUGCUUAGCGUUUCCUGUCAAGUGCCCAAUCACACUCAUGUUCGCUGCUCCUGGGUGGAAUCGGUAAAGACCUUCCUGCCGGCCAAGUACAAUGCCUCCCUCAGGGGGACUGGUCAGGAGUGGAGGCCAUGUGUCGUGGACGUCGCCCGCAAGCACUGUGAUGUAGAUCAUCCUGCCUUCUGGCAGACCAUCCAUACCCUAAGAGUCACAGAGACCAACGCCCUUGGGUCUGAGACAACAUCUGUCCGUUUUAAGCUACACGAGCUAUUAAAACCAGACCCUCCAGAGUCACUGCUGGUGAAGGAGUUCGAAGGCUACCCAAAGCGGCUGAUCGUCUCGUGGAACUUUCCCUCUUCCUGGCCACUGCAUGAUGCUUUCCCCCUCAUAUUUGAGAUCAGAUACAGGCCGCAGGGCUCUGUUUACUGGUCAGAGGUUUACUCUGAGGAGAGUCCAGUGGUGAUAUUUGACGCCCUGGCAGGGCAUCUCCAUCAGGUUCAGAUUCGAGCACGUGAUGAGGUGAACUCUGAGAGCCAGUGGAGUGAAUGGAGCCCCCUGCUUCUUGUAAAGCCCUGGGAAGUCUCCUCCACCCCUGAAACUACAGAGGAGCUCCCACCAGACGAAUUAUUUCCAGAAUAUUUUUUUCCCAUCAACACAAAACCUGAAACCUCCACUGCAAAGCCACACAAUUCUGUAUAUCCUGAGGAUGAAAGUAAUUUGGGUUUGGUGAUUCUGCUGGUUUUGUUCUCAGUGGUCAUCCUCACCACCGUCCUUUCCCUCAUCUUUGUCGUGUGGGUAAGGCAGAGGCGGCGUGAUCAUGUGACCAAACAGGAACUCACCUCCAUGGUCAAAAUGAAGUCCAUGCCAAUCUAAUAUUGAUUUGAUCCUCUCCUCGUCAGCCCGUUCUAGGGCUCCUCCCAUGAGUCAGCCUCUGCUUUUACCACUGUAGCAAGCUGACCAUCCAUAUUUCACUACAUUACCCAGAAUGCAUCAGCCAGGAUCCAACCAGGGUCCAAGGAACUCCAUGGAGUAGGGUAAAGUGGACCAAUGUGGAAACGCUGACUGAUGGGUAUGUUUUGCAGCAUUUCUCUGGACAUAUUCAGUGGUCCCAUCUAACUGUACUACCCAUAAUGCAUCAGCAGACUCUACUUAAUGUCCACGGGGAUGGGAGAAAAGACCCUACUCUAUUUCUUUUUGGUCACUUAAGCAACUUCACUGCAGCUCACUCCUCAGUAGACUGUAGGAGCGACCCUGCAACAGGACAUUUGAGUUCACUCACAACCAAUGCUGCUUCAGGAGGACUUACUCCUCUCCCUUUUUGGAGAGGAGUGACAUUUUUUUGAACUUUUAAGCAACAAUUACAGACAGAAAGUGCAGCUGCCAAACAAGAGAACACACAUUUUUUUUGUGGGAAUGGGAAGGUUUCUUUUGGGAGAAUUUUUUCUCUCUUCUCCCACCCACAACUCCUCACGUUCUUUUAUUUUUUUUAGAUUGAUUGUGAGAAGUAACAAAAUAUGUGCGUCCGUUAUUACACCGACUGACCGACCGACUCAAUGCUGUGAAGGAAGCAUAACUGCCAGUCUCUGUGUGUGCAUCUGAUGCCAAAGCAGCAACUCUGGGCAUUAAUGGUCUCAGCUGAGGGGUAGGAAGCAGCCUAUCACUGGCUCCUGACCUGAGGGAUGGACAUGGAGAAUAAGAUUCAGGGUGGGUGGGUUCGCAGACUUUAUUUCAUUUUAUGUUGCAUGAUAUGCUUGUUGUGUUGUCUGAUGUUUUUAGCACCGGUGUUCUAUUGUUUCUUUUGUUAUACCUCUUUCUAUUCAUCCAUCCAUCCACUGUUACUAUAGAGAGAGCGAGAGAUAAGAAAAGAGAUUAUGGCCUUUCACAAACCACCAGCAUUAAGACAUAACAUAGAUACUUAGUUAGCAAGAAAAUAUUACACCAUAAAUAUUCAGCUGUCCUGUCUAGACUUCAAACAAGCCCUAAUUACUUUUUUUUCAAUGUGUGUCAAUAAAUUUAUUUCUUAAAAUUCACACAUGCAACCUUCAAAGCAGUGGUUCCCAGCUGGUCCAGCCACUGGGUCCUGAUUUCUCAUUUGUCAUUAGUUCAAGGACAAAACAUAACAGAAAUGACCACCUAUUCAAUUUUAUUUGACAAAAUGUAAAUGACACAUGGGCUUAAAACACAAUGAAAUUACACUUAUUGCAAGAAUGACGUGCAGUUAGUUCAAACCAGGGGCGUCUCUAGGAUUUUAGGACAUUGGGGGCUCAGCCUGGACCUCUUUAUGAAAAAAAAAAUGUUGGCUUUUUUUUAUC